AUGGGUAACGCUUGCGCCAAGAAUGCACCUGAGCAGGUGAAGGAGCCCGCCGCUGCUAAUCCCCCUCCGGAGCUAGACACGGAUGAUCUAGACGAGUUGGAGCGCAUGAAUGAGCGUCUACGUCAGCAGAAGCGCGAGCUUGAAGAGGAACUCGCUCGUUGGCGACAGGCCCAGCAAGAGAAGAUGGACGCUUUGGACAGGGAUCUGGAGGAAGUACAGAAGGAAUCCGCCCAGAUUCUAUCUGCGGGUGCCACCAGUGGCGAGGUUCGCGAGUUGGCGAACAAGCAGUUGGUUGAGGAGAUGACAGCACAGGAGUUGGAGGAAAAGAAUAUGUUGGAGAACCGUAGAGACUUUUUGAAGCAACAGGUGGAGGAGAUGAAAGCAGAAAACGUGAGGCUGGAGGAUCUUGCUACCCAAACUGAGACGGCUGCCCACGAGUUGGAGGAUGUUCUCCAACAGCUGGACUCUCCCGAGGCAGUCUUGCAGGAGGAGAGUCCCGAGGGAGUGGAUGCAGCGCGACUGCGUCGCUUGGGAAUGUUGGCUGAGUACUACAGACCUGUGAAACAGCCAGGUAGUGUGGCACAAUGUUGGGAGCAGACUCGGGUGGAUUGUGCUGAGUGUUCAUCGCAGACGGUUCGUAACUUGAAGGCGCUUGCUCACCACUGGAUGACCGGCGACGACUCGUGGUACGUGUCUCGGCCAAUUCGAGGGGUGAUCUGCAAUUCGCUGAAGAUGGGUAACGUGCCUCAUGAUCCUUGGACCUGCGAUCUCUGUGACUAUCUUGACAUAUCAGACAUCCCCAUUUUCGUAUGA